CUCGAUACUGCGACCCUUAGUAUCGAUACAGCACAAUAAAACAAAUAAACGCGGCAUUUAUUGUUUACAUUUCUACUAGUGAUGGAAAUGAUACAUGAUUUAUGUUGCGAUCACUUUAAGUUGAAAUCCUACGAGUAAAUAUGGCGAAAAAUGAUGAUCCACAACCGGCUCAUCUUGCAGUACUUGCGUCCCACUUCGGCCACACUUGCUUUCGGCCGAUGCAAUGGACCAUUAUACGCUCAAUUGUGGAAGAUCGGCGAGACAAUUGCGUCAUCAUGGCCACCGGAUACGGAAAAUCCUUAACCUAUCAAUUCCCGUCCGUUUUCCUUGAGCGGGUAACGAUUGUAAUUUCUCCAUUGAUCAGCUUGAUGGAGGAUCAGGUUUUGUCAUUAAAUUUAAGUAAUAUACCGGCUUGUUUGUUAGGAUCGGCUCAACGGGCUAAUCCCCUGCCGGAUAUAAUAGCGGGGAAGUUUCGUGUGGUUUAUUUGACGCCUGAAUAUGUGACCGGUGACACUGGGAAGUAUUUGCUGGAGCAGGUAAUGGAUCAGCUGGUUUUAAUAGCCAUAGAUGAGGCACAUUGUCUAAGCAAAUGGGGUCAUGAUUUUCGGCCUGCCUAUAGGAAUCUCGGGAUCAUACGGCAGAUUUGCCCACGGAUUCCCAUUUUAGCCGUGACAGCAACCGCAACGCUUAAUGUAAGAGAGGACAUUGUAAACAGUCUCAAGCUACGCAAUCCGCAGAUUCUUUGUACGGGAUUCGACCGACCGAAUCUAGAAUUUCACGUUAAAAUGAAAGGCACUCUUGGGGUGUGGGAGGAUGUUAGAGCAUUGCUUAGCAAACACACGGAGGGUAGCAUCAUAAUUUACUGUCUGACUAGAAAGCAAACAGAAGAAAUUGUGGAACUUUUGAAAAGUCAACGGAUUGAAUGCGAACCGUACCAUGCCGGUCUGAAUCUAAGUCAGCGACGCAAUGUGCACGAGAAUUUUGUUCGAGACCGAAUCCAAAUUAUUGUGGCAACAAUAGCCUUUGGCAUGGGAAUUGACAAACCCGAUGUACGAUUGGUUAUUCACUACGGCGCUUCGAAAGACUUGGAAAGUUACUAUCAGGAAGCCGGUCGUGCUGGGCGUGACGGGCAACCCUCUAAAUGUGUAAUGUUUUGGAGUCGCGCAGAUUUCAAGACGCAUGCAAUAUUGCGUGAACAUAAUCCCGGAGGUGUUCAAAAAAAUCUAGAAGCUUUGUCCAAGAAGAUGCACGAAUAUUUGGACACACGGGAAUGUCGGCGAAGGUUCAUUCUGAAGUAUUUCGAAGGCAAAGACAUCGUAGCACAGCCACGAAAACAUUGCUGUGAUAAUUGUGACCGAACAGUCGGAGGAGUGAAGGAUAGUGACCGUUACGAGGGUAUUGACGAGAAUGGAAACUACGACUUUGGCAAGGAUAGUGAACAUUUAUUGAAUGCUAUCGAUGCCUUUGGAGGUGGAACCGGAAUUGCACUACCGAUCGCUCUGCUGCGUGGUUCUAAGAGUAAAAAAUUACACGAGCGCUACCUGAGGCACCCGCUGCACGGUGUCGGUAAGUCGAAGGAUGACGAGUGGUGGAAAGCGCUGGCCGCAUUACUCGAACGGGAAGGAUUUCUGAACAAAAUUAAACUACAAAACAACUACAAUAAGUUUGCACUGAUUUACAAGAUUCAGCCGACAGCUUUGGCGAAAAAGUGGCUGUCAACACCGGACCGAAAGCUGUUGAUGAAACCAACGGCAGAAAUGUUCAAGUUGUUGCGAACGGUUCGAGUCCAGCCGUUGUUUAAUACGAACACCGAUUUUCAAAGUCAUAAUACUCUACCGGGCAGUAGUACUAGUACAAACAGCUCUCGAUUGCUAGAACCAGUGGUUCUCAAGCAGGAUAUGGUGCAAGAUCUAGUAAAAAGCUUACUGAAAAAACGUUCCGAAUUGGCUACAUCCUAUGAAUGUAUGCCGUAUAUGAUCGCGUCCAAUCAAGCUCUUCACCAAAUGGCAACCAUUCGACCGUUGAAUUUGGAAGAGAUGAAACGUGCCCAGUUGGAUGGGUUCUCUGACAUUAAAAUACAAAAGUUUGGCAAGAGUUUUCUAUCCUGCAUUCAGCAAAAACUAAACUUUUUACCCAGUUCUGCCGACAACUCACAGAAUUCUACUAUGCAAUCCGCUCUACUGCGGUACCCGUUCACAAAGAAUAAAUUCUCAUCGACCCAUCAAACGACUUGGAAUCUUUGGCUAGAAGGCCGGUCGGUUGCCGAUAUAGCCAAAUUCAGAAACCUGACCGAAUCGACGGUUGUCAAUCAUUUAUGUGAAGCGAUUAAACAUGGCUUUCCGUUUGGAUUUAACGAUUUCACUCGAUUGGGUGUCGACACGAAUACUUUCGAGCAUAUCAAAAAGAAACUUCCCACAGCAAUGGAAGAGUACAAAUUGACUGAGAUUAAGAAUCAAUGUUUGCCCCACGUUACAUUCGAUCAGAUUAAACUAGUGCUCAACUACGUUUUUGUUAGACGCCAUCUCGAAUCUGCGAAUAUCCAAUUUUCUGAGCCUAACCAACCAAGCGGUGAAGAGAAAACCAACGAUAAAAGUUCUGCAGAUCUUUGGGGCGAAGACGACGACGACGAAGAACUCAUGGUUGCCGAUAGCAGUUUGGUUGAAAUCGACCGAAUGUGCGAGGAAGCAAUUUGUAACCAAAAGGAACCAUCCACGGUAGAGUGCAUCAAUAUUGAUGACGAAGACGAAGACUUUGAUCUGGAUGAGAUUGCGGCCCUCGAGCAAGCAGUGAUAAACGAGUCAUGCUUGGAAAGAAGUACUACAGCAACUACGGCGGAAAUUGAAGCCGCCGAUGCAGGACCAAGUCCCGCGAAACGAGCAAAAACAGAACCAGUGACUCACGAGGCACCCAAACCAUCAUUUAAGUUCAAAACAGCCAGUAGCGCAGCGAUAGCUAGCAACAGAGCGUCGAAUAAAAAUAUAAUAUAUGAAGAUAGCGAUGCCGAUGAUGAUAGUUCCGGAUUCGCAAACCCAUCGUUGAAAUUUAAAUCAACCAGCAGCUCCACAACUUCCGGAAGGAAAGUGACAAACAAAAAAAUUGUAUAUGAAGAUAGUGAUGAUGACGAUGAUAAUACUGGAUUCGCCCAGAAAGACGCUCUCUUGUUACCGAGGCGAAAAGUUUAAUUGUUUUAAAAAUUUAAAAGCUUUCGCCGGACGUGCUCUUUUUGACUUAAUCUGGACAGGACAUUGAUUCCCAACAUCAUACCACAGAUAAAGUUGGAAUUUUUGUGUCAUUCUAAAACUGUUUAAAAUGGUGUUAUAUUUAAAACCUAUUAUCUAUGUGUUAAAAACCGUCAGUUGGAUAAAAAAAUACAAUCUACGUGUUAGUUUGAA